UACCCGCAACGCCCCUUCCCCAGCCGUGAAACAUUUUACCACACCACACCCUCUCCGUUGACCGCAUUGGCUUGCAACAAACGCAAACACACCCGAGCUGUGUCUGCCCUGCGCAAGCGCUGAAGCUCCCCUGCCAUCGGCCCGGGAUCACGGCUUGCGGCACGGCAUCCCAUGGCUGUAGCGUCUCGACAGCCGAUUGCAGCUGUCCAGCAGUUGACACCGCCCAGCAGCUCGCACGGUGCGCGAGGCCUGUGGGAUUUUGCAGUGCCUGUAGACUCCGCGACUGCAUUCCCCAGCUACGAGCCUCCCAUGUCCGACGACGUUGCCUCCGCGCAUCCCUACUCUCCGCGCCAGCCCCUCGCGUCGCAGCCAAAUGGCAUGUCAAAAUCCAGUCGUGCGAACACGGUCGAUUCGCAGAACCAAUACUCAGGCGAGAACUAUGCGCCUCACACUUCCAACCAGGGCCAUGAGCGGGGCAGGGCGCUUGGCGCUGAGGACACCGUCGACGGCAACGAGGAGGAUGGCAUAAAAGAAUACUACAAGGCGCACGAGAAGAACGGCAGCAAAUCUCGAGGCAGGAAGAAGAGUACGAAGAAGCAUCCACCGGGCUGGACCGAGGCGGAGAAGGACGAGAACAAUUGGAUCCAUCGUGACAAGCUGAAAGAGAUUGAAACGAAGGAGUUGGAAGAGUUCAGCAUGCGUGUGGGUCGUCAAAGCCGGUCGAACAGCAGGUCUCAGAGCGCUGCCAGGAAUCAAUCCAGGGGUCGCGCCAACUCUGAGCUCACCGACACAAUGUCGAGUGGAGACGACCGCCACGACUAUCCCCGCAUGAUCUCUCCUAUACCCGCCGAGGACGAGGAGGAAGAGCCGCCGCAUACGGGCUGGGACAUUCGGUCGCCUGCCGAGAUCGAAGCCGAGAGGGAGCAGUUCGCAGCACGCAACAACAACGUCAUAAGACCUAGCACGUCUCGAAUACCUAUUGCCAAGACCAGUCCUUUGCCCGUUCCCCACAAUUUUGUCGACCGAGACCAGCCUCUCCCGAGACCGAGAAACGGCAGUGGCAGCUGGGAGUCCAUCGCCGCCAAUGGAGCUCGCGUGAGGAGCGGAAGUAUGUCCAGUCAGAUCCUGCUGGACGACCCAAACGCUUUUGGAGAUGCUGGGAGGAGCCCUGUCAAGUCCAACUUCAGCAUGCCAACGUCGCCCGUCGACGCCAAGGCACCAAAAGCGAAGACACCAGCCAAAGCCACACCUGGAUCUCGAAAGACCAGCGGACCGAAGUCCGGAGCAAAGCCGCGCAAUGCUUCAGCUGGCCCGCGAAACACAUCGGGGACAUCGCCCGUCAAGCGUCCUGGUACGAGCGGUGGAUCGAUUUCUAGGCCCACCACAAGCCAUCGGCCAGAAGGUGAAGCUCCAUGGAUAGCUACCAUGUACAAGCCCGAUCCCAGACUCCCACCGGACCAACAGAUCAUCCCGACGCACGCCAAGCGCAUGCAGCAAGAGCAGUGGGAGACCGAAGGACGGGUUGGGUCCAUGUACGACAAGGAUUUCCGGUUGCUCAACACAGAUGAAAUUUCCAACAAGAGAGCCUCUUCGAUCCUCCCGCCCAUCGAUCUCGAGAAAGCACAACAGGAUCAGACCUGGCCGCUACCAAGUCCGGAAAAGCCGAAGCUGGACCCCAUCGAAACCACGAUGUCCAAGUCUCCCACCAACGAACAGGGCAAAUUCAAGCUUACCCCAACUAUAUCCCAGGGCCCCACAUUCCCUCCUCGUGCACCCUCUCGUGCCCAGGAACCCAAGGUCGCACCUCCUAUAGCACCGGUCACACCCAAGGAUACGAUCCGUCUCCCCGAGCCACCAGAGCCCGAGAAAGAGAAGAAGGGCUGCUGCUGCAUCGUCAUGUAGCAUUUUCAUUUCAUAUACCCAGACUUUGCACUUUGCUGUCCACCCAGCAUUUCUCAAUCAAGGGGUGGUCUUCAUACUUCUGGAGUCACCGGCGCAGACUCCGUUGUUUUCGAUCAGAUGUUUGGCUGAUAGCGUACAGCGACUUGCUGAUAUCCCAUUCCAUAUUUCCUUCCGUGUCCUGUCGUUUGUAUACCUGCCUACUCAUCGCGGUUCGGCCGCCUGCCUCGGCUAGUCAUUGCUGCCUUUUCUUAUCUUGGUCUUGAAUGGAGUGGGGAGUUUGCGAGUCGAGCUUGCGAAAUUCGGGGGUUCGGGUGUGUUUCGCAUAGUGUUUGAUUUUUUUUUUUACCACUCCUACGAUAU